AUGUCUCCGGUCAUAGCCAGAAAUGAGACAACCAGCAGCAAGAACAAGAAAGAGACGCCACACAAGUUCUUGAUCAAAUCUCCUCCGAGAUCAGCAUCGAAGUUUCAGGUCAAGAUCAAGAGCCCACCUAAAGUCUCGGUUUCCCCUACCAGAAAUGGAGGUAACUUGGCUCGGAAGUCACCUAGAGGCUCCAAUUCUCCGACAAGAAGCGUUGCCUUGGGAAAGAAGUCUCCUGCAGCUUCUUCUCCUAUUAGAAAGUCUCCAAAGCUAUCAACCGCUGCGAAGUUCAGAAGAUCAUUUACUCCUACGAGAAAUGGAAGUAACUCGACUCGUAAACCGUCCAUUUCACCGAAAAGAGUCACGCUUCAAGCAUUUCUUUCUCCGGCAAGAAAUGGUAACUUGGGAAAGAAGUCACCUAAACAUUCGGUUUCUCCGACUAGAAAGACGCAGAAGCUAUCAACUGCAGCAAAGCUCAGGAGGUCAUUUUCGCCAUCAAGACUAGCGAUGAGGCUCGCGUCUCCACUGAAGAGCCGGAAAAGUGUUGGGAAGUUUGACGAUGAUGAUGAGAUGGUGAGUGGACUGAAACAGCGUCCGGUUUUUGUUCCCAAGAGAUUCUCGAUGGUGAGAAUCUAA